AUGACAAGGCUGAUUUCUGAAAUGUCAAAACUUGCCUCACCUUCAUUCUCAUCCCUUUCCUUGCCCACCUCAUUCAACAUCUCAUCUCUAUUUCCAAUUCCUAUGGACAGAACCAACUACUUGAGUUGGAAAUCUCAAUUUGAAGAUGUAUUGGAGAUGCAUGGCCAUGCAGAGGUCAUCAAGAAAACCACAGAUCCACCCAAAGUGCAAGAAGAUGGUUCUGUGCAUCCUGAAUUAGCCAGGGAUAAACUGGUCCUGAGUUGGAUUAAGGCGACUUCCUCUCCUUCCAUCAAGACUCUUCUCAUCCCGUGUACCACCGCUCAUCAAGCUUGGAACCUGUUGGGCAAGCAUCUCUCACCUCUUGUUAGUACCCGUGUGUGGAUUCUUCGAGAUCAAAUUCACACCCUCAGAAAGGAUAACAACACAACAGUGACUGAUUAUCUCAACCAUGUCAAAUCACUCCUUGGUUCCCUCACACAAGCUGGUGCAACAAUGGAUGAUGAUGAAUUCGUCAGUUAUGUUCUGGAUGGACUUGGGCUUGCAUACAAGGAGUUAGCCACCACACUUCACUUGCAUCCAGAUAUUGGUUUCAACCAAUUUUAUGACCUUGCUUUACAAGAAGAACACUUAUAG